AUGGAGGAUGUGUUGAGUGUUCUUCGUCAGUAUAACAUCCAGAAAAAGGAGAUUGUUGCUAAAGGAGAUGAAGUUAUAUUUGGGGAGCUCUCCUGGCCGAAGAAUGUCAAGACCAACUACAUAAUCUCUGGUUCUGGUAAAGAGGGGCAGCCCAAAGAGUACUAUACCUUGGACUCUAUCUUGUUCUUUCUCAACAAUGUGCACCUGCCGCAUCCAUCCUAUGUGCAAAGAGCUGCAACCGAGAACAUCCGUGCUGUCAGACGACCUGAUCGAAAGGGCUUACGUACAUAUCUUAACGGCGAGAGCUCCACGUCAACGAGCAUCGACAGAAGUGCGCCCAUAGAAAUAGGUCUGCAAAGGCCAACACAAGUCAAAAGAGCAGCUGAUGAGGCAUCUUCUGAAGCCAAAAAAACCAAGAGUUGA